UCUACACUUUCUUUUCAAAACAACUGUAAAUAAAUAUUAUUCUUUGCAGGCAUAUCUUCGGUCUUCUCAAAACAAUCCACCGUUCCACAGUGGUAAAAGGUAGCCGGAAGGAUUCAGGCCAGUGGGUGACCAGAACUGAAACACAACUAUACCCUCUUCCUCGCUCCUCUCAUCCCACAGAUCGUGAGCCCAAAGUCUUCCGUACCAUUCACCCUGGAGAGGUCCAUGGAGCAGGUACCAUGAGGCUGCACUGCAGGAGCCUUCCCCUCUUCCUCCCUAUCCUCAAGCCCCUAGCACAUCAUAAGCCGCUCUUCUGCCUCCCAGCCAAUGGCAGGCCAACCACAGCCCCCAGACUCUUCCCCUCCCCCUGUCACCUGACCACUGAUGUCCCCUCCUCUCAGCCCCUGGUUGGCCAAGAUACAAUGGUCAAAGUUAUGGGCUACUCCUACCCUCGUGAUGACUUUACCAACGUGACCAGCAAGAUCCUGGCCAAGGUGGGCUGCAACCUGCACAACCAAGCCCACCAUCCUAUCUGGCUCAUCAAAGAGCGAAUCAAAGCCCACUUCUACCGUGCCUACAUCAUGCGCUCUGGCAACCCGCUUUUCUCGGUCCAUGACAACCUCAGUCCGGUGGUGACUACGGAGCAGAACUUUGACAGCCUGCUCAUCCCGCCCGACCACCCCAGCCGGAAGCGAGGCGACAACUACUACCUCAACCGGGGCACCAUGCUGCGAGCUCACACGUCCGCCCACCAGAGGGAGCUGGUGUGCUCGGGGCUGGACGCCUUCCUGCUGGCGGGUGACGUGUACAGAAGGGACGAGAUCGACGCCAGCCACUACCCUGUGUUCCAUCAGAUGGAGGGGGUACGCCUCUUCUCCAACCACGAGUUGUUUGCCAAGGUAUCGAGUGGAGAGGACCUGUCUCUCUUUGAGAGCGGGGGGCACCGGACCCCUCAGAAGCAGGAGACACACACACUGGAGGCGGUUAAGCUUGUGGAGUUUGAUCUGAAACAGACCCUCAACCGUAUGGUCAGACACCUGUUUGGAGAAGAGCUGGAGAUCCGCUGGGUGGAGUGUUACUUCCCCUUUACCCAUCCCUCCUUUGAGAUGGAGGUGCGUUUCCAGGAGGACUGGCUGGAGGUGUUGGGCUGUGGAGUAAUGGAGCAGGAGCUGGUGCACUCUGCGGGAGUGAGUAACAAGAUGGGCUGGGCAUUUGGACUGGGCCUGGAGCGCCUGGCCAUGGUGCUGUACGGGAUCCCUGACAUCCGCCUCUUCUGGAGCCAGGACGACCGCUUCCUGAAGCAGUUUUGCCUGCCCAGCAUCAAUGACCCAGUCACCUUCCAACCCCUCAGUAAGUACCCACCUCUGAUCAACGACAUCUCCUUCUGGCUACCGGCCGAGGGCUACACAGAGAACGACUUCUAUGACCUGGUGAGGAGCAUCGGAGGAGACCUGGUGGAGAAGGUCACCCUGGUUGACCAGUUCAAACAUCCAAAGACGCAGAAGCACAGCCACUGUUACCGCAUCACCUACCGCCACAUGGAGAGGACCCUGACCCAGGAGGAGGUGCGUGUUCUCCACGCCGCCAUCGAGCACACCGCCGAGCAGGAACUGGGCGUGAAGGGGAGGUACUGAGACCCCCUCCGCCGCACCCUCCCCUGGUUCAUGCUCAGUAGGCGGUAAACAGGGAAAAUCGGUUUAAAACCUGGCAAAAUGGAAAAGCACUACCCAAACUCAAAUUUCCCUUUUGCAAUAAUUUUGUCACUGUGUGUCCUUCUGAACAUAACCAUGACUUACAUUUCAAGCGGACUUCGGCUGACUCUGUUCUCGCCUCUCAUAGAGACACGAGGGGAAUCCUACGGACCAUUCCUGGGGUUCCUCUUGGUAGUACAACACUAAUGCAAGUGGUUGUAGUACCUACAGACGUAGGAUCUUAAUUUGAUUACCCUUUUGUUGUUGAGAAUUUUGUAGUGUAUUCAAAGUUUAAAAACUUUUCUGAAGUUUUUAAUUUUCACUUUAAAAUGUCAGACUUGAUUUGCCCCAACGAAAAAUGUAUAAACCCCUAACGAAAAGGUCCAGAAAUUAUAAUCAUAAUUCAUAUUUCCUGUUGCUGCAGGACUAUUUUCCUCCUGUAGCCCUGAGCUAACUCACCUGAUUCAAGUAGUCAAGGGCUUGAUCAUUAGUUGUCAAGUUGAAUCAGGUGUAGUUAGUUAGUUAGUUAGUUAAAAUACAUGGAACGGAUGGCUGUCCCUGAGGAGAGGUGUGGUACGAGACUAUAGGUAACGACUAGACCUUGAAAGUGUCCUUCAAUGGGACUGUUAGAUAGUGGUAGAGUUUGUAAGAGCACUGCUCUAGCAAUGCCAAGGUAGUUCAAUUCCUGCAUUGAUCACAUAAUAAAAAUGGAUGCUCUCAUUGUACUGUACAUUUCUUUGAAUAAAAGUGUCUGCUAUGUGACAUUAUUUAUAUUCACUGAUUUCUUCUGAACAAAGCGACACAUCCACUCUAGGCUUUACUCCACCUCAGUACCAAGCAACUCUUAUCAUUAGAGCCUCCAGGAACCUUUCAUGUGAAGUGGCUGAUGCUCUUAAAUAACACAAUUCACAGCGUCGCAUCACCAGAGGUGGAAUGUGUUUGAUUUAAUAUGGACGUCCCCGAAAGCCUUUCAUGCCAUUGGCUUCUUACCAGCCUGGCGAGAGAGACCGACGAACGAACACAAUACAGUCCUGUUGAUGAUUCAAUCGACAUUUGUAUUUGUAAUAUUUUCAUAAAAGAUGUGUUAUUAGGAGUGAGGAGGGGAUGUGUUGGUACACUACCUGAGAAGCAUUGUAAUAAAAGCCACUAUUGUCUCAGUGCUGGGUGAAAGUACAAAGAGUGUUCUUUAUGUCCUUUUGCGUAACAGGUGAUUUCAAAUAAACCGUGACGUUUGGUUAAA